GCAUCCUCUUCCCCGUCCACGGCCGAGCCAAAAGAGCCCCUCCACUCCAAGAGAGUUCGAGAUCGCAGCCACAGACCACCAGCAAAAGCCACCGCCACUGACGUUCCAAGAGACGUAACGACCAUGAUGAUGAUGGGAGAGGGAGCGCACGCGCCGCCGUGGCAGCAGCCGCCGGUCAGCGGCGGCGGCAUGGACGGCGACGACGCGUCGCCGUACACUCUGCUGGCGGCGCUGCGGCAUUACCUGCCGUCGAACGAGGCCGCGGCGGCGUACGACGAGGACGACGAGGAGGCCCUGGCGGCGGUGGACGCGUACGCCUGCGACGAGUUCCGGAUGUACGAGUUCAAGGUGCGCCGGUGCUCGCGGGGCCGGAGCCACGACUGGACGGACUGCCCGUACGCACACCCGGGGGAGAAGGCCCGCCGGCGCGACCCCCGGCGGUACCACUACUCCGGCACGGCGUGCCCGGACUUCCGCAAGGGCGGGUGCAAGCGCGGCGACGCGUGCGAGUUCGCGCACGGGGUGUUCGAGUGCUGGCUCCACCCGGCGCGCUACCGGACGCAGCCCUGCAAGGACGGCACCGCCUGCCGCCGCCGCGUCUGCUUCUUCGCGCACACGCCGGAUCAGCUCCGCGUCCUCCCGCCGCAGCAGCAGUCCAGCCCGAGGGGCGGCGCCGCGUCGUCGCCGCUCGCCGAGUCGUACGACGGCUCACCGCUCCGCCGCCAGGCGUUCGAGAGCUAUCUCACCAAGAGCGGCAUCAUGUCGUCGUCCCCGACGAGCACGCUCGUCUCGCCGCCGAGGUCGCCGCCCUCGGAGUCCCCGCCAAUGUCGCCGGACGCCGCCGGCGCGCUCCGCCGCGGCUCCUGGCCGGGGGUCGGCUCGCCCGUCAACGACGUCCUCGCCUCGCUGCGCCAGCUCCGCCUCGGCGGCGGAGGCUCGCCGAGGUCGGCGCCGUCCGGCGGCUCGUUCUUGGCCGGCUACCCGUUCGGGUCCCCCAAGUCCCCGGCCGCCCUGUACAGCCUCCCGUCCACCCCGACCCGACCGUCCACGGUGACGGUCACCACCCCCUCCGGCGCCACCGUCAUGACCGUGGAGCGCCUCAACCUCGGGCUCAUCGGGGACCAGGAGCUGGUGAUGGAGAGGGUGGAGUCCGGGAGAGCCCUUCGCGAGAAAGUCUUCGAGCGGCUUAGCAAAGAAGCCACCGUGCCCAACGACGCCGCCGCCUCCGCCAACGCAGAGGGCGCGGCCCCAGCCGCCGCCCCGGACGUCGGCUGGGUCUCCGACCUCAUCAACUGAAGAGUGUCCAGUCAUGGUAAGUGGGGGAAGCGGAGGCAGCGCUGCACAGCUGGAGAAGAAAAUUCAGAAGAAGAAAAAACCCCAAAAAAAAGUUAUUUUUUUCUUCUUAUUGCCAAGGUUCUCCUGAUCCUUGUACAUAUGUUCUUCCUUCCUAUGUGAAUAUUCUUGGAUGGUGGUUGGAGGGAGGGGAGGCAGAGAAGAAGGGCCGGGUUGAUUUGUUUUGGGGCUUCUGAUGGUGGCAUGUCAGUGAAGGGAGAGAGACAAGUUGCCAACAAAACAUGGUAGAGGUGGAUGGAGAAGAUAUGGCGAACGACCAUGUAUAUGGGUUGUGUAGAUGUACAUAGUGCCGGUGUUCGUGUGUGUGUCUGCGUGUGUGUGGAGGUGGAGCAUGGCAUGGCGGCGAUCCAAGACUGAAGAAAGAAGGUGACCAGGAUCCUGAUCCACGCCGCCGGCUGCACGGCCGCCUCCGGUGACCUCGCCGACCGGCAGGCCGGUGGAGCUUCUAAUUUCUACCACUACGAGCGAUUCCAGAACGUCCUAAGUUGAUGCUUAUUGUUUCUUAUUCCGCCGUUGAUUCUGUUAUUGUUGCCUUUUUAAGAUCGACGAGUUAUUUACUGCUCUGUAUUUCACCCAAUGUAUUUUCCUUAAUUGAUCGAUCUACUGCUUAGUACGAAGCAUGUACUUACUACCUUGUACCAUGUACUAUUUUUGCUGAUAAGGAAUUAAACCCCGCCUUGUUAAUUAGUUGA